CCUCCACCCCCGGGCCGCUCUGAGGGCGGAGCCACGCGCGGCCGGCUUUGGGCGGCUCCCCGGUCCGCGCGGACCUGCCAGCGGGCGCCCGGAGGCUGCGGCGGCGGAGCGGUCGGGCGGCGCCCCGGGCCCAGCGCGCAGCCACCAUGACGGGCAGCAACAUGUCCAGCGCCUUGGCCGACGCGGUGUGCCGGCGCUGCCAGGCGCGCUUCGCCCCCACCGAGCGCAUCGUCAACAGCAACGGAGAGCUGUACCACGAGCACUGCUUCGUGUGUGCCCAGUGCUUCCGGCCGUUCCCCGAGGGGCUCUUCUACGAGUUUGAAGGCCGGAAGUACUGCGAACAUGACUUCCAAAUGCUGUUUGCUCCAUGCUGUGGAGCCUGUGGCGAGUUCAUCAUCGGGCGCGUCAUUAAGGCCAUGAACAACAGCUGGCACCCGGGGUGCUUCCGCUGUGAGCUGUGCGAUGUGGAGCUGGCCGACCUGGGCUUUGUGAAGAAUGCGGGCAGGCACCUGUGCCGUCCCUGCCAUGACCGCGAGAAGGCCAAGGGCCUGGGCAAGUACAUCUGCCGGCGGUGCCACCUGGUCAUCGACGAGCAGCCCCUCAUGUUCAGGAACGAUGCCUACCACCCGGACCACUUCAGCUGCACCCACUGCGGGAAGGAGCUGACCGCCGAGGCCCGUGAGCUGAAGGGUGAGCUCUACUGCCUGCCCUGCCACGACAAGAUGGGUGUCCCCAUCUGCGGCGCCUGCCGCCGGCCCAUCGAGGGCCGCGUGGUUAAUGCCCUGGGCAAGCAGUGGCACGUGGAGCAUUUUGUCUGCGCCAAGUGUGAGAAGCCAUUCCUGGGGCACCGGCACUAUGAGAAGAAGGGCCUGGCCUACUGUGAGACCCACUACAACCAGCUCUUUGGGGACGUCUGCUACAACUGCAGCCACGUGAUCGAGGGCGAUGUGGUGUCAGCCCUUAACAAGGCCUGGUGUGUGAACUGCUUCUCCUGCUCCGCCUGCAACGGCAAGCUCACCCUGAAAAACAAGUUCGUGGAGUUUGACAUGAAGCCCGUGUGCAGGAGGUGCUACGAGAAGUUCCCGCUGGAGCUCAAGAAGCGGCUGAAGAAGCUGUCGGAGCUGGCCGCGCGCAGGGCGCACCCCCGGCCCGCGGGCCCCAGCUCCGCCUGACCCCUGGCCUCAGCCCUUCCCUGCCGCCCUGGCCCCCCACCCUCCUUGCCCGCCAGCCCUUCCUUUCCACGCUUCCCUGGACUCGCCUCUCCUCCCGCCACUCAGGCACUGGGGACGCAGGGCCUGGCAGGUGGCAAGCUUGCGCUGGGCCUGUGCCCACAGCUUCAGCCUUUCAUCCUCCAGGGGCAGGACUGAGUCAGCCGGGGCACCUGGCCCUGGGUGGGGCCACUCCCUGCCUGUCCUGACCCAUCCCUCCCCCACGCCUGGCAGCUCACCUUCCGCGGGAGCUAGGCCAGCCUCUGCCCCGGAGAGGCCCUACUGUGCACACAUGGCCCUGGCAGCUGCAGCGGCAGCCCCUCCAGCCCCAGGACCGUGGCCAUGCGGAAGGCACCUUCCGGGGACCAUUCUUUGGUCACAAGUCCAGGCACUCAAGCAAGUAAGAUCCAGCCUGGGCCGGCCGCCACACCCCCUCUCAGGCACCACUACCUCGCUCAGGAGGCCUCCUCCCUCAACUCCACCCUGGACCCGGGGCCACUGCGGCCCCCACAGCCCCUUGGGUUCCACCAGCACACGCUGAGCCCCCAGGUGCGGCCCGGGGCCAGGGGGUGGUGGGGUCAGUGGGCGGCUCACUCCUGUCCUCCAGGGAGGACACAUCCUCCGUGGCCAGCCCACCACCUGGUGUUGGGACUCACACCUGCACAAUGAAUGAAGGCUUAUUUGCACCAG